GAAUCCGUGUCUAGUAGGCCAUUUCAGAGGGGGAGGCUUUUAUUUCCGGGGCACUUAAGAGUUGGUACACACGUGGAGCACGGAGAAUGGUGAUGUGAGCAAUGAUUGCCAAGGCAGAAAAAUUGGACUUUGGCAAGGAAACAAGAGAGAAGAAAGAGAAGAAGAAAAAGAAGAAAAAGGCAAGGGCAGUGGAAGAGGAUGCCUUGAAUGUGGAACCCCUUGUUAAAACAAAGCCAUCUCAGAAGAGUGUGGCACCCCCAGGCAUGGUUCCAGAGAUGCCCCUGCUGAAAAAGAAGAAGAAAAAGAAGAAGAAAACUCAAGAAGCUGAGAGCCCAGACAGAGCCCUCCAUGAGGAUAGCAUAGAGGCAGAGAGCAUGGGCAGAACCAACUCUCUGAAGAAGCAUCAUAGCAGGAAGGAGCUGCUUCCAAAUCCACCACAGUCCCCAUGUCAGGGAAAAAGAAAGAAAACAAAAUCAUUCCUCUCUCAUCCCCCAGGAGCAGAGACAUUGGUGGAUGCGGAACUGGAAGGGGGCCUUGUCAGAAAACCAAAAAAGCGGAAAAAGGAUAAAAAGUCAGAUCAGGAAAGCUUUGGGGAGCAGGAGCCCAAGGAGGCCCUUCCUGACCCCAUGACGGAGGAGGAGGAGGAGGAGGAGAAAGAAAAGGAGUGUGAGCCCAUAGAACAGGAACAGGGAGAGGAGAAACAGGAUCCCAGCAGUCUCAGGGACUCUGGCACCAAGAAGAAGAAGAAAAAAAAGAAGAAGACUUACAGGGAAGAGGAGAAGGAAGAUGAGGAGGACUGUAGAACUGACAAAAUGCCCAUUGAUGAGGGGCACAUAGAGAACCCCUGUGCCUUCGGCAGUUGCAGAAAGAAAGACCACAAAAAGAAGCAGCCCAAGGCCGAAUUGGCAGAAAGUGUCCCCCUGGGAGACAGCCCCGGGAACAUCAAAAAGAAAGAAAAAAAAUCAAAGACACAGAUAGAGCCACCAUUUGCUGAGGAACCUGCUCAGAAGAAGAAGAUGACAGAAGGUAGGAAAGUGAUGCAGGACCUUCAAGGCCCAGGCAUGGCACAUGAAUCAGACUUGGAAGUGGUAUCUGAAAAAAAGGGAAACCUGGAUGAAGUCACCAUAGACACGAUUAGAAGAAAGGCCUUGCAAGAAGAGAUUGAUAGAGAAUCUGGAAAAACUGAAGCUCUCGAAACCAAAGAGGAAGCGCCUACACAGUUUGGCCAAUGGGAUACAGCUACUUUUGAAAAUUCGGACCAAAAGAUGAAAUUUCUCAGACUUAUGGGAGGCUUUAAGAAUUCUUCCCCAUCCCUCAGCAGUUCCUCGGGCACCCUUGGGAAACCAAACAUGGCUCUGAACAAGCAGGCUGCUGCCACCUUAAAACAAAAUCUACAAGUGGAGUUUGACAGAGCAAUGAGCUGGAAGCAUCAGCGUGGAGUUGGAUUUGGCUAUUCAGCUUCUGCAAACAAAAACAAAUUAUUUUAUAUAGACAGAAAUGCAUCUAGAUCUGUAAAGUUUAAUGACUAACGGAUGUCUUGUUCUCCCCCUCCAAAAUCACCAAAGUUGUUCUUAAGUUUUCUAUUACGUGAGCUAAAAGUUGAGCUCCUUUUUUCAGUAUUGAGCCUGGAGCUUCAGCUGGUUGGGAUUUCAAAGCCCCUUGAGGUACUGGAGGAUAACCUGCAUUAUAAAAGCCAGUAUAGCAUUUGAUUAUUAAAAACAUUUAUGCUUAGUGUUCAAAAUUAUUCUGGACUAAUAUAGGCCACAGUAUGCUAAUAUCUUUUUAAAGUUGCUUUCCCUCCCCCCCCCUUGCCAAAAUAAAUUUGUGGUCUGGGUCCUUUUACAACUAGGAUUUGAUAAUGAUAGUAAUAGUGAAAUAAUAUUUGUUUGUUUUACCUGGGCACUAGAAGGUAGCUCUGGGAAAAUGAGCAAUCGUGAAAUGCCAUAGGAGAAUUAUAGCUAGACUUUGACAUUAAAUGCCUCAGCAUUUGUAAAAUGAACUUUUUUCUUUAAAUUUUAUUUUUCAAUUGACAGAAACCUAAUUUGUCUUCCUCCCAUCUGCCCCUCCUUGGAACAAUAUGAAAAAACAAAACCCUCAUAACAAGCAUAAUAAAUUCCCAUGCUGGCCAUGUGCAGAAAUACAUGUUUUAUACUGAGUCCAUCACCUGUCAGAAUGUUUCAUCAUUGGUCCUCUGGAAUCAUAGUUGGUCAUUGUACUAAUCAGAGUACUUGUGUUUUUCAAAGUUUGAAUUUAGCUUUUUCAGCUGCCUUGAUUUUAAGUGGUGGCAACAGUUUUAGAGAUGUUCAAAAAUAACAAGGUUUAGUGGUUUCUUUUGUUCGCUUUUACAUGUUAGGAUAUGGUAGGGUUGCUUAUGUUUCAGAUCCCUUUUGUAUGCUAAUCUUUAUGGAUCAAGCCUUAUGAUCACAGAUCUGAGUCAGUAGGGAUCUCUGAAGCCAUGUAGGUCAACCUUCUACAUAUCCCCCAAAAGAUGGCCUUUGUGUGAAAACCUCUGGUCAGGAGGAAACCAGUACUUCCUCUAAGGUGACCCUUUCUACUUGGGAUAGCUCUGAUUAUAAGGAAAAUUUUCCUAACAUCACACUUCAGUUGGAUCCUUUGCAACCUCCACCACUGCUCCUAGUUCUGGCCUUUGGGACUAAUUCAUCUUCCCCUAGGUUGACCAUGUUUCUCAUUGUUUUCUUUCUAGUUCCUUCAGUCUUAAUAAAACAGAAUGUCCUUCCUAAAAUGUGACUCUCAGAAAUGAACAAAGCACUCCAGAGGCAGCAGAGGCAGUGAUUAGAGUGUUGGGCCUGGAGUCAGAAAGACCUUUUUAGACACUUCCAGCUGUGUGAUCCUGGGCAAGUCACUUAGUUACUGUCUGCCUCAAUGUACUCAUCUGUAAAAUGGAGAUAAUUGCACCUACCUCAUAGGACAGUCGUGAGAAUCAAAUCAGGUAUUUGUAAUGCACAUAGCACAGUGCCUAGCAUAUAGUAGGGGCUUAUUUCCUUCUGUGUAGAAACUAUACUUUUCAAUACAGCCUAAGAUCAUAUUAGCUUUUGGGGUUACCAUGUGAUCUGUACUCAUUGAACUUGCAGUCCAGUAAAAUUCCCAGACUUCUUUUAGGAUACUUCUUCCCAUCUUGUACUUUUAAAGUUGAUUGUUUUAAAACCAAGUGUGAAUAAAUUUCAUCAAGAUUAGGCCCAAUAGUCCAGUCUUUCAAGAUCGUUUUCAAUCCUGUCAUCCAAUGUGUUAGCUAUUUCCCCCAAAUUUGUGUCAUUUACAAACCUGAAGAGCACGGUAUCUUUGUUUGUACCCAAGUCAUUGCUAAAAAUGUUAAAAUAGCAUGGGGCCAACCCUGGGUCCAUAGCACACACUCUACCCAGAGACCUUUCUAUGGAAUCAUUAAUGGCUAUUCUGUGGGUACAGCCAUUCGGCCAUUUCUAAAUUCACCUAAACAUACCAACAUCCAAUUCAUAUCUCCGUGUUUUCCACUGACUUUGCUGCAUGCUUUGCAGAUGUCUAAAUAAAGAUAGUAUUCCCUUAGUCUGCAAGUCUAGUAACCCCAUAAAAAAAAAAAAAGAACUUGCAUUGGUGUGGCCACUCAA